AUGAGUCCUCAGGGGGGGGAAGAGGCUCAUUCAUGGUCUUUGCCAGACACGGUGAGGAAGGAAAGCAGCGGGCUGAGUGUCACCCAGUCAGCCUGUGGGAAGAGUGGCCAACAGUUCUGCAGCACGCUGACCUUGACCGCAGCUCAGGCAAACCACACCGGCUUCUACAGUUGCAAAUAUUUAUCUACACCUGCCUCAGAGAAGAACAGAACAGAGUCUUCAAUCUAUAUAUUUAUUAAUGACACAGACAGACCUUUCGUAGAAAUGUACAGUGAGCUCCCCAAGGUCAUACAGCUGCUGGAAGGACGGGAGAUCAUCAUUCCCUGCCGGGUCUCCUCGCCGAACACCACUGUGACCUUAACAAAGUUUCCAGUUGAUACUCUGAUCCCUGAUGGAAAAAGGAUAAUUUGGGACAACAGGAAAGGUUUUAUAAUCUCCAAUGCAACAUACAAAGAAAUAGGGCUUCUGAUCUGUGAAACAACAGUCAAUGGACGUGUGUUUAAGACAAACUACCUGACGUAUAGACAGACCAAUACAAUCACAGACGUCCAGAUAACCCCACCAAGUCCAGUCAAAUUGCUUCGAGGCCAUACACUUACCCUCAACUGUACUGCAACCACUCUCUUAAACACAAGAGUCCAGAUGACCUGGAGUUACCCCGGUGAAGCCAGUAAGAGAGCUUCCAUAACCCGAUGGAUCGACAGAAGUGACCCAUUUGCCAACUUAUUCUACAGUAUCCUUGUCAUUGACAAGGUGCAGAACAGAGACAAAGGCCUUUAUACUUGUCGCGUGAAGAGUGGGCCGUCCUACAAAACGGCUAACACCUCCGUGCAUAUAUACGAUAAAGCGUUCAUCACUGUGAAACAUCGAAAAGAACCGGUGCUUGAAACCGUAGCUGGCAAGCGGUCUUACCGGCUGUCUACAAAAGUGAGGGCAUUUCCCUCACCAGAAGUUGUGUGGUUAAAAAAUGGGUCACCUGCAACAGAGAAGUCUGCCCGCUAUCUGGUUCACGGCUAUGCGUUAAUUAUCAAGGAUGUCACUGUAGAAGACACAGGCAAUUAUACCAUCUUGCUCAGCCUAAAACACCCCAGUUUGCUUAAAAACCUCACCAUCACACUCAUUGUGAACGUGAAACCCCAGAUUUACGAGAAGGGCGUGUCAUCGUUUCCAGACCCACCUCUCUACUCGCUGGGCAGCAGACAGGCCCUGACCUGCACCGUUCAUGGUGUCCCCCAGCCUACAAUCAAGUGGUUCUGGCGGCCCUGCCUCCACAGUCAUUCCAGAGCCAGGUCUCACUUUUGUUCCACUAAUGAAGAGUCCUUUAUGCUGACUCCUGACAGCAACGUGGGAAACAGGAUUGAAAGCAUCACUCAGCGCAUGGCAGUAAUCGAAGGAAAGAACAAGACUGCUAGCACCUUGGCCGUGGCUGACUCUAGAGUUUCUGGAAUCUACACUUGCAUGGCUUUCAAUAAAGUAGGGACGGUCGGAAGGAACAUGAGCUUCUAUGUCACAGAUGUGCCAAACGGAUUUCACGUUCACUUGGAGAAGAUGCCCACAGAAGGCGAGGACCUGAAACUGUCUUGCACGGUUAACAAGUUCCUCUACCGAGACCUCACUUGGGUCCUGCUGCGGACUUCGAACAACCAGACAAUGCACCAUAGUAUCAGCAAGCAGAAAAUGGCGGUCGCCAAGGAGUACUCCAUGACUCUCAAUUUGCUCAUCAAGAACGUUUCCCUGGAAGACUCAGGCACCUAUGCCUGCCGAGCCCGGAACGUACACACAGGGGAAGAAAUCCUUCAGAAGAAAGAAGUUGUCAUUCGAGAUCAGGAAGCACCGUAUCUGCUGCGAAACCUCAGUGACCAGACGGUGGUCAUCAGCAACUCCACCACUUUAGACUGUCACGCCAAAGGGGUGCCGGAGCCUCAGAUCACCUGGUUUAAAAAUAAUCACAAAAUACAGCAAGAGCCUGGAAUUAUUUUAGGACCAGGAAGCAGCACGCUGUUUAUUGAAAGAGUCACAGAAGAGGAUGAAGGUGUCUAUCACUGCAAAGCCACCAACCAGAAGGGCUCUGUGGAAAGUUCCGCAUACCUCACUGUGCAAGGAACCUCGGACAAGUCUAAUCUGGAGCUAAUCACACUGACGUGCACCUGUGUGGCCGCAACCCUGUUCUGGCUCCUGCUAACACUCUUUAUCCGAAAACUGAAAAGGGCUUCUUCUGAAAUAAAGACUGACUAUUUAUCAAUUAUAAUGGAGCCCGAUGAAGUCCCUCUGGAUGAACAGUGCGAGCGUCUCCCAUACGAUGCCAGCAAGUGGGAGUUCGCCCGGGAGAGACUGAAACUAGGUAAAUCAUUGGGACGAGGGGCUUUUGGAAAAGUGGUCCAAGCUUCUGCAUUUGGCAUUAAGAAGUCACCCACAUGCCGGACGGUGGCUGUGAAAAUGCUGAAAGAGGGGGCCACGGCCAGCGAGUACAAAGCUCUGAUGACUGAGCUCAAGAUCUUGACUCACAUCGGCCACCAUCUGAAUGUGGUCAACCUGCUGGGAGCCUGCACCAAGCAAGGAGGGCCUCUGAUGGUGAUCGUUGAAUACUGCAAGUAUGGAAACCUAUCCAACUACCUCAAGAGCAAACGGGACUUGUUCUUCCUAAACAAGGAUGCAGCAUUACACGUGGAGCCUAAGAACACAAAACUGGAGCCGGACCUAGAGCAAGACAAGAAACCAAGACUAGAUAGCGUCACCAGCAGUGAGAGCUUCGCCAGCUCUGGGUUUCAGGAAGAUAAAAGCCUGAGUGAUGCUGAGGAAGAGGAGGAUUCUGACGAUUUCUACAAGCAGCCCAUCACAAUGGAAGAUCUGAUUUCGUACAGUUUUCAAGUGGCCAGGGGUAUGGAGUUUUUGUCUUCCAGAAAGUGCAUUCAUCGUGACCUGGCAGCACGCAACAUCCUGUUAUCUGAGAACCACGUGGUGAAGAUUUGUGACUUUGGCCUUGCCCGCGAUAUUUACAAGAACCCCGAUUAUGUGAGAAAAGGGGAUACCCGACUGCCUCUGAAAUGGAUGGCCCCGGAAUCCAUCUUUGACAAAAUCUACAGCACCAAGAGUGACGUGUGGUCUUACGGAGUACUGUUGUGGGAGAUCUUCUCUUUGGGUGGCUCUCCGUACCCAGGUGUGCAGAUGGACGAAGAUUUCUGCAGCCGCCUGAAGGAAGGCAUGAGGAUGCGGGCUCCCGAAUACGCCACCCCUGAGAUCUAUCAGAUCAUGUUGGACUGCUGGCACAGAGACCCAAAGGAAAGGCCAAGAUUUGCAGAACUUGUGGAAAAACUGGGCGACCUCCUUCAAGCAAAUGUACAACAGGAUGGGAAGGACUACAUCCCACUCAAUACCAUCCUGAAGGGAAACCCUGGGUUCACGUUCUCAACACCUGUCUCCUCUGAGGACUUCUUCAAGGAAGAUAUGUCCGCCCCCACAUUUCAUUCCGGAAGCUCUGAUGAUGUCAGAUACGUGAACGCUUUCAAAUUCAUGAGCCUGGAAAGAAUCAAAACCUUUGAAGAACUUUCACCAAAUGGCACCUGCAAGCUUGAUGAUUACCAGGUGGACGGUGGCACCAUGCUCAUCUCCCCCAUGCUGAAGCGCUUCACCUGGACUGAUAGCAAGCCCAUGGCAUCUCUGCAGAUGGACUUGCGAGUGACCAGGAGUAAGGAGUCGGGACUCGCCGGCCCCGCCCGGCCGGGCUUCUGCCUCUCGGGCUGUGGGCACGUGAGAGGCGGCCGCAGAUUCACGUACGACGUCUCGGAGCUGGAGGCCCGGGCUUCCUGCUGCUCCCCUCCCCCCGACUACAACUCGGUGGUCCUGUACUGCCCGCCGCCGGUCUGA